UCUUGGCUAUUGGAAAUCAAUUAAUGAGGACCUUAUAAUGACAGAAAAUUUACUUGAAGGGCGCAAGCAACUGGAGAACAGUUCUGCUAAUUUAAAAAUAGAACAAAACAAUAAUCAGACUGAAAAUUUGCAGGAAUUACUACCCGAUUUCAAACAAAGCAAGGAAGAUAAAAUUCGCAUGGAGACGGAAGCUAUCAGCCAGACUGCCACAUCUGAUAAUCAAGAACAUAAAAUAACACAAUUUGUUCUGCAAUUACUUGGUGAUCUCAAAGGCCAAGAGGAACUUCAUUUAAGCGAAGUAAAAGAGCUUCGUAAGGAGCUGGAAGAAAAGGAUAACAUAUGCAAUCAGUUAAAACUUGAGAUAUCCCAAGUUCGAGAAAACCCAACAUUUUAUGAUCUUAAAAGUCACGAAGAACGUCAUUCACGAGAAGUAAAAGAUCUUCGCACACAGCUGGAAUUAAAUGAUAAUGUAAAUCAGAAGUUAACAAAUGAAGUGUUCACUGUGCGGAAAAAUUUUAUUCAAAUGCGCAAGCAAUUGCUUAACGACCUCAAAAGUAGAGAAGAAUGUCAUUUACGAUACGUAAACGAGCUUCGUGAAGAGUUAAAAGCAAAAGAAAAUAAUCUUAAAGAUCAAGAUGAACGCCAUUCACGAGAAGUAAACAAACUUCGUGAGGAUCUGGAUGUAAGGGAUAACAAAUGCCAGGAGCUAGAACUUAAGGUAUCGCAAGUUCGUGAAAACCCUGAAUUUAUUAAAAUGCGACAGCAAUUACUUGAUGAUCUUAAAGGUCAAAAAGAACAUCAUUCACAGGAAGUAAAAGAGUUUCGAAAGGAGAUGAAAAUAAAUGAUAAUAAGUGUCAUCAGUUAACAAAUGAAGUUUUCGAUGUGCGGAAAAACUUUAUUCAAAUGCGAGAACAAUUACUUAAUGAUCAAAAAAGUCAAGAAGGACGUCAUUUACAAGAAGUAAAAGAGCUUCGCUUGGAGUUAGAAUCAAAGGAUAAUAAUCUUAAAGAUGCAGAAGAACAUCAUUUGCGAGAAGUAACAGAGCUUCGCAAGGAGCUGAAAAUAAAUGUUAAUAUGCGACAGCAAUUACUUGAUGAUCUUAAAGGUCAAAAAGAACAUCAUUCAAGGGAAGUAACAGAGCUUCGCAAGGAGCUGAAAAUAAAUGUUAAUAUGUGUCAGCAGUUAACGAAUGAAGUCUUCGAGAUGCAACAAAGUCUUGAAAAUCAAGAACAACGUCAUUUACUAGAAAUAAACGAGAAGCAUAUGGAGCUGGAGUCUAAAGACAGCUUAUGUCAACUGUUGAAGCUUAAAUUGUCUCAAGCGCAAGAAAAUCCUGAAUUUCUUCAAAUGCGAAAGCAAUUACUUGAUGAACUUGAAAGCCAAGAAGAACUUCACUUGGUCGAAGUAAAUAAGCUUCGUAAGGAACUGGAGGCUAAGGAUACAAUAUGCCAUCAGUUAAAAUCAACAGUUAAAGAAAAUGCUGAGUCUAUUCAUAUGCGACAACAAUUAAUGGAUAAUCUCAAAGAUCAAGAAGAACGUCAUUUACGAGAAAUAAGUGACCUUCGCAAGGUGCAGGAGGACAAAGAUAAAUUAUGCUUGGAGAAAGAUCAGGAAGCAGCUCAACUUCGAGAUCGUCUUAACUUCAACAUGUCUUGUCCCAUAUAUAUGGAGCUGCCUGUACUACGCGUAAUAAAUUUCGACAGUACAAAUGAGCCAAUAAACAAUUUAUAA